AUGCCGGGAGAAGAUGUUGUUGCUGCAGACGUCGAGAAGCAGCUCGCGGCGCCGAUGCCGUGGAUAGGCAUGUACGUAGCUGCAGCUUCUCUGAUCUGCACGUCCGCAAUGGCUGCCGAUACUUUCCGCGGAUUCAGAAGCAAGAAGCAUUGGUUCCCGAGCAAAUACUUUACCCUCAACGCCACGACUCUAACGUUAUUAGCCGUGUCCAUGAAGCUGCCGUUGGAUCUCACGACGAGAAUGUACGCGGCCACCGAUCGGCUCGCAAAGGUCAGCAGCCUCGCGCUUAUGUCGACUGCGAUAGCCAAUUUCAUGACAUCUCUAGGAACAAUGGACGACAGAGAAAUGCUGAUGAACGUAACCGCUUUAGCCAUUCUUGUAGUCACCGUCAUAGUAAACGUCUGCGUUCAAAUCAUUCAAAUGCGACAGUUUCUCAACGGUAGAAAAAUGGUCGUCGAAGAAAUCAUAGCCGUAGUCGUCAUGCUCGUCUCUCUCGUUAUGAUGGCAUCUUCGGCUGUAAUGGUUCUCGCGACGAAACGGUACCUGAAAACAAAGUACCACGAGAUGCUGCAAAUGGCGGCUUCGGACAAACAAAUCGAAAAUCUUACGUUCGACAAACUGAGACUAAUGAUUCAGAAAUAUUGGGUGAUGGCGGAAACCAGCAACCCUCAGUUUGUGAUAGCUCGUUCGGUGACCUGCACCACGUCUGGUAUCCUGAGCCUGAUCGUUGCUCUCGUUUUAUUGCAAGUCGAGAUUCGGAUAGUAAUGGAGUACAAUAUACUUCAUCAGUCGAUUUCCAAUUACGCGUGGUCAACGAAAUUGAUUCUUUUCGCUCAGACUGUUGGAGUGGCAGUUGGCACAAUCGCACCAGCAUCAAGAUGGUUCAUAGCCAUAAACAACUUCCGAUCAAGAAACGAGAGCGGAACGAGCAUCAGAAGCGCGUUUACGGUCGAGUGCUACUGGACACAGAAGAUGGUCGACUGGAGACAGGGUUCGUUAUCUUUUCGUAUUCGACAUAUCAAGAGCAGAAAAUUCCUACACGAUCUGAGAGGACUGUUUCUCAAACUCUGUAUCUAUUUUCAGCACACGAUCGUUUCAUCGAGCAAACUAGUCCUUCUCGUCUCUGUCUGUGUAACAGCUCCAGCGAUCGCGUGUCUUAACUACGUCAGAAGUUUGACGAGGCAGAAGCGUAUAUCUCACUCCGUCUCGUCGCGUGAUCACGAAGUGGAUAUACGGGGUUAUGUUAUGCUGCUCGAAGGGGAGGUCGAGCUGCCGAAAGAAACUCUCGAGAGUAUCUGCAAAGAGGUCGACGAAGUCAUUCGAAAAGGAAAGAAGCAGAAAUCGGAAAACUUGUUGAAACUUCUAGAAAAAUCUCGCAGCUUCAACGGGGUGACGGAAUUCGACAGCCAUGAAAUCCCGGGCCUGAAUUCUCGAGAACUUCCUUACUGCUGGUCCUUACCUGUGGCAACCCUGACUAGCGUCGCGCUCGCAUUUCCCAAUGUUCGAAAGCACAAAUCUAAACUUUUACUGAACAGUGUAACCGAAGGGCUUCGUCUUAUGAAGAUAAUAGAUAAGGCAUUAGAUAAGAAAGGCCGUCUGGCGAAUGUAAGAACUGCGGCCGAUGUUGUCUGGGUUGGAGUUGAACUGUACCAUAAAUGGCAAGACAAGGAUCUUCGGGAAACGUCUCUUAAAGGUAAAAAUGCCGAAGAGAUACUACAGCAGCUUCGGGACAAAGCCGAAAAGACUGUCAUCGAGUUCAGGAGAGACGCACGAGACUGCCUUAUGAGGAAUCCUCUUAACUGGCCCACAAAGGUUAUUGCCGCCAACUCGAUGUACAGGAUCGCCACAACAGUUCUUCUGAAUCGAAGUGACACAACGGACGAGGAAUUGUUCGAGCAGUUGUCGGUUACGAUAGCGGACAUACUGGCAGCAUGUCUUACUAAUCUAGGACAUGUAAUAACAAUGAAGUGCCACCGCAACGCAAUUGAAGAGAGGGAGAAAAGCGUGCGUAAAGCAGCGCUUCUUCUCGGUAAAACCGAAGAAAUCAUUGCUCUUCUCCAGCAGCGCGAACUGCCAGUCUCGGCCCCUGAUCAGGCAGCUUCCAUUGAGGAGUGGCGAGCACUAGUCAGCCAGGAAUUCAGUUCCAAGACUAACAUUGAAAUAGGUGUUUCGGAAUCGAGAGAAGAACAUGCAGACGUAAAAUCUGAGGGAUGA